CUUUCUCUCAGAUGUUUUGUUCAUGAUCAGAUUUAAUUAUUGAUGAGGCUCCGUAUGGAGCUCUUAUAUAAACUGUGUCUUUAUUGAAACAUCUGAAGCUCUUUGUUUCCCGUUUCUCCGGCUGUUUCUCUGAUAUUUUUCGGGCUUUUUGGAGGAACAUCAGACGGUAGUGAGCCUCAGAUUGGGGAUGCAGGCUCCUUCCCUCCCCCUACCAGAGGACAAAGACUAAAAUGGGUCAGACUCAGGAGACAAGCAGCAGAUCCUCCGCACCAGCCAUCAUGUAACGUCCUCCAUCCUCUGCAGGCGGAGAACAGCCGGGUUCGUUAUUAAGACAACAGAAACGCGUCCUCUGCCUUCUUUUUGUUUGAGCAUCAUGUCCUGUCGGGACGGCUGAGGCUUCUUACUGGAACCAAAGCUGGUUUGAACAAACACCGACUCAUCACAUCGCACUGACCGCCGGAGGGACGAUGGAGGCGGCGCCGAGGUAAUCUGUGUCCCCGCUGACCGCUCAGUUCAUCUCUGUGGAUUUCUGCUGUCCUGCUCUGCACACUGAGGCCUUUCUGAUCUGAGUACGCCCACUGCAGCCAUGACCCCUCCCACCUCUGGACGACCCUCGGGGACGCUCAUGCUGUUCGUUUACGCUGCCUUCACGCUCAUAGUGAUGAUAUCACUUCCCGUGUCAGCACUGGAACCGGAGACGUGUUUCUCCAGGCAGCACCAGAGCGCCAUAGUCGACGUCAGGCUGGCGCUAAACAGACCGACAACAGCCAUGGAUGCCCGGGUGGUCCACUCUGAGCGGGAUUGCGUCCUCGCCUGCUGCUCAGAGGAAGUCAAACCAGGUGCUAAAUGCAACAUGGUGGUUUUCAAUGGGAACAAACACGCUGGUGAUGAGAACUGCUUCCUGUUCCACUGUCAGAUGGAGCAGGACUGUCCUUUAACGAAGGCUCAGGAGGGCAUCAACACCUAUGACAUCUACAAAGGUUUACUUCAUCCAACCACUGUGAGACCUCCCACCACUACCACCACCACAACCAGCACCACACUGGCACCAACUACGCCAACAACUGCACAACCAACAACCCCAAAAAGUAUAACAACAACAAUGCCACCAACCACUAUCACAAUGACAACAACCACUACCACAACACAACCGACUACCACUACCUUACCAUCAACCACAACCUCAACCCCUACCUCCACCCCCACCCCCACACCUCCACCCAUCAUCAUAAUUGCCACAAUGGCAGCAGUGACCUCAUCAUCCACCACUGCAAAAGCAUCACCUCUUUCCACCACCUCCAUGAAAAAGCCUAACAAAACCACCAAAAAGCAAACUAAAACCUCCAGAAAAGGAAAAAUUCAUCCUAUCAGCAUCACCACCACCCAGCCAACUCAUACUUCCACCCCCACCACAACCCCUACCCCCACCCCAAACACCACCCCCACCACCUCAUUUCCUGUUGUAACAAUGAACAAGGAGGCCAAAUACAGAACUACUGAAAAACUUCAGCCAAACACUGAAACCACCACGACCACGACUACAACACUUCCAACCACCACAACACCUCCAACCACCACACUUUCAACUACCACAACUACCACAACAACCACAACCACGCCUUCAACCACCACCACUACUAUUCCUUCAACUACCACCACAAACCCCCCUCCUCCUCCUUCAACAACCACUCCCACCACUACCACAACAACAACUACAACUACCACCACCACCACUGAGGCGCCCACCACCAGGACAACGCCCGCGGCGACUCUUUUAAUUGUCCCCAAAGGUGCUGCUCAGUCUGACCACAUCCUCCAGAACUCAAGUGCUGCCAGGGGCAAAGGGAUAGCAGCACAUGGAGCAAUGAAAAGCGGCAUGGUGGCAUUUGUGGUGCUGGUGCUUGCCAUCCUCACAAUGGCCCUCGCCAUUGGAGGCCGCAAAGCAAUGGAGUCCUUCGACAGACGCCACUACACGAGACUGGAACUCAAUGAUCUGCACUACGAGGUGUGACAAGGAAAAUGUUUCAAGGACGGAAGUCCAGAGGGGCAGUGAGAUUUAUUGAAUUUAUUCAAUUAGUUUAAUAGCACAAAGUUACAUAAUAAUGGAGCACCUACAUCACCUCCUGAAAGGUUUGUCAUACUGUGGAGAACACUGGAUUGUGAUUGGCCAGAGAGUGCACAUAAUAUUUAGUUUCUUUGCAUUUAAAACAGCUGUCACUUUUUGAUCUUCUAAAAAAUAGCGCACUGCUUUGCUAGCAACAUUUUUUUCUGUUGUUUUUAACACCCAAACCACCAAUGUUAAGUAAAAGAUAGACACAGAUACUGAUAUUACCUGUUGGUUUGUGACCAUUGCCAUGUUGCUAUUUUAAAACUGGAUGCAAGCUGAAAGAGAAACCAAGGGGUCCUGUGUGUUCAUACUUUAGUAACUUUUUUUCUGAGUAGAGAAAUUGUGGCCUCCAUGCUGUUUCAGCUAGCACUAUCAAAAACUCAUGAGUGCCAUUUCAAUUAACAUAUGAAAACAAAAUUUCCUGCAUAUGUUUGGGUUUUGAAAGAGAUCACCGCUUUUGUUAUUCUAAAAAAUUGGUCAUAAGACCAAUUUUGAGGAAAGAAAAACCCUGUAAAAGCUAAGCUAAGCUGGCUUAGCUAGCUGAACUUUAUGUUUAUAACAAUAGUGAACAAACUCCGCCCAUUCCAGAUUUUCUAACAAACUCACCAGUCACAUGAUUUUUAAAGUCUUCACUGUUGAUUAUUUCAGCUUUAUUCACCUUAAGUGAUCAUGUCCAUCUUUUAUAUACAGUCUGUAGGUAAAGUACAAAGAUGACAACCUCAUUCCAUUUCAGACUCCGCCUCCUUAAACUCAUCACAGACCAAUCAUGGACUUCAUACCUUAAUUUUUCUGUUAUUGGUGUUAACAAAAGAAAAAAUGGUAGACUUAUAUUGAAAAGUUCUCACAAUGAAGACAAAAUAUCUCUUAAUUUAAAAACUAUUCUUAGAAUUUAUUUGAGGUGUUUUUGUUUUGUGAAAAAAAAAUCAAACUUUGAGAUAUUUUUCUGGCUUUUAUUUUUUUAGAUUAUUUGACUUCUCAUGAGACAAAUUCCUCAGUUGUUACUCGAUCUUUUUAAGUCUUAUUAAGUGAUAGUGCAACUUUGAAGCAGCCUUCAGACUUUAGGCGGUAACACUGCCCUUCUGUGGCCUCUCAGAUCACAUGAUGAGCUCAGAGUCCUGCUGAGAAGCUCAUUGGUCCAAAACUUCAGCUGACGAUGGAACAAAGAACAAACAGCAAUAUUUUUACUCGUAGAAACUCAGGAAGCUUCUGAAGUGGACUGGCGAGAAGAAACUCUAUACGAGUGGACUCUGAUUCAGAUUCUGGCCUUCUUCUGAUUUGCCGCGGGGUCGCAGGGCCCUUUGUGUAUACACCUGCAUGUCUUCUUCCUCCCACACGCUUCAGCCAUACGAGCCUGUGAUUGCUUCUUAAAUCACCUGACCGGUGUAGAUGUCAGACUCACUCUCUCACUGUGGUGUUUUUGUAUUUUGUAUUUCACAUGUGGAUAAAUAUUCAAACGAUGGAUGCAAUCCUUUGAAAAUCGAUGCACUAUUGUAUCCUGUGUUUUUUUUUAAUGAUUAUGAUCUGCUGAUUGUUUUUCAUAAGUAAGAGGACACUUGCUGCGCACUAUUUUCCUAUAAUGACGUUUGUAUUGUACUGGAUGUGCAGAAACGAGACUGCUAUAGCGUCACUUCACCACCAGGUGGCAGCAGCAGCAGUCCGAUAAACUGAAGCUGCACCAAUAAGGCGUUUUCACUGAUACUGCUCUGAUUUUUACUUUGAUUGUCUAAUUAAUAAUUACAUGGAUGGUAAUAGUUUGGUCUUGUUUUGUGAAGUGAUGCUUUUGCAUAAGUUUGAACUUUGAUGUUUUGUUCUUGUAAGGAUUAAAAAACUGUUGAUUUUUGAAAA